AGCAAACGUCGAGCAUGAUAACGACUUGCACUUCCGGCGGCUACUCGCCGGGCUGCAAACAAAAACUGAAAAUAUGGCCAACUUAAUCAAUGCCCACCGGCUUCGUAGAACGAAUACAAUUUAAACUUCUUUAAACAAAAAAUCCCUUCUUGUGUAAUAUGUUUAAAAAGAUGACAGAAUUCGGUCCAGAUUCCGGUGGGCGGGUUAAGGGAGUUACUAUCGUGAAACCUAUUGUGUUUGGGAACGUCGCUCGCUACUUUGGGAAGAAACGAGAGGAAGAUGGACACACUCAUCAGUGGUCCGUCUAUGUCAAACCAUACAGAAAUGAGGAUAUGUCAGCCUAUGUGAAGAAAAUCCAAUUUAAGUUGCAUGAGAGCUAUGGUAACCCCCUUCGAGUGGUGACCAAACCCCCCUACGAGAUCACAGAGACGGGCUGGGGGGAGUUUGAGAUUACCAUCAAAAUUGUAUUCAUUGACCCCAAUGAGAGAUCUGUGACUCUUUACCAUCUGUUGAAGCUUUUCCAGUCCGACUCCAGCGCCAUGCCCAAGAAAACAGUCGUGUCAGAAUUCUACGAUGAAAUGAUCUUUCAGGAUCCGACUGCCAUGAUGCAGCAGCUUCUGACCACAUCAAGGCAACUCACACUGGGUGCUUACAAGCACGAGACAGAGUUCAGCGAGCUGGAGCAGAGGACCAAGGAGAAAAUGGAGGCGGCUAAGAAGAGAACCAGUCAGGAGAUCACGGAGCUGAAAGAUAAGUUGAAGGCCAGCAGGGAGAACAUCAACCACCUCAAGAUGGAGAUCAGGAAACUGGAGGAAGACGGAGACCACAAGGAGCACUGACUGGUCAUCACGCAUGACAAAAACUGAUUUUAACCAGUGGCCAGUUGGCUGUGAGAACGUACGUCGCACGCAGGCGUAGCCAGAUUCAGUAAAAAAAAAAAAAAAAAAGACAAAAAAAAACCAUACAUGAAAUUAACAUACU